UAUUUUUGGUAGAAAAUGGAACCAUCUUGUCCCUUUCUUCCCCAGCUGCCUUCAGGGAGCCUGCAGCUCACUCUCUACCAGUAUAAAACGUGUCCCUUCUGCAGCAAAGUCCGAGCUUUUCUUGAUUAUCAUGGACUGCCCUAUGAAAUUGUGGAAGUGAACCCAAUAAUGAGGAAAGAGAUCAAAUUCUCUUCCUACAGAAAGGUGCCCAUCCUGCUAGCCAACGCUGGGAGCCCUCUGCAAUUGAACGACUCCUCGGUUAUCAUCAGUGCAAUAAAGACCUAUCUUAUUUCCAGAAAGAAUAGCUUGGAAGAGAUCGUGUCCUUUUAUCCUCCUGUUAAAACCGUGACUGAGAAAGGCAAGGAGGUGAUGGAGUAUGAGAAUAAAUACUGGCUCAUGCUGGAUGAGAAGGAGACAAAGCGAGUUUAUCCCGUCAAAGAAGUGAGAGUGGAAGAGAUGAAGUGGAGAAAAUGGGCAGAUGAUUGGCUUGUUCACCUCAUCUCCCCCAACGUUUACCGAACCCCCAAAGAAGCCUUGGCAUCUUUCGAUUACAUUGUCCGGGAGGGGAAGUUUGGCACCUUGGAAGGUCUCUUUGCCAAGUACGUGGGUGCUGUUGCCAUGUUCUUCGUGAGCAAGAGGCUGAAGAAAAGACACAACCUUCGAGAUGAUGUCCGAGAAGACCUGUAUGAAGCAGUAAAUGAGUGGGUAAAAGCUGUUGGCAAACACCGACUGUUCAUGGGUGGGAACCAGCCAAACCUCGCUGACCUGGCUGUGUACGGGGUCCUCCGGGUCAUGGAAGGGCUGGAAGCCUUUGAUGACAUGAUGGCUCACACCAAGAUUCAGCCUUGGUACCAGCGCAUGGAAGAAGUCAUUGAAAAAACUGGAGUUGCAAUCUGAUGCCAGCUGCAGCUGCCUCCCUGAACUACUUGCAUGGUGAAUACUUCAGAAGAAAAGGCUUUUAUUUUUGGAGUUGAAAGGACUGGUCACACCUAAAGACUGAUACGAGGGCACAGAGACCACCCCGUUCAGAAAAUCAGGUUACAGUGAAAGAAGGGUCCAGCUGGGUCUAUGUAGAAGGAUGGGGACAGGUGAAAGGAAGGGAUCUUGGAUGCUGCUGGAAAGGAGAAGGUCUAAAUUGAAGAAUGCAUCAAAUAGGCUUCUUUUAGGCACAAGCCAUCCUUGGAGCAGUUUACUGUAAAAGCAAGAUGCUCUUGGCUGGUGUUACAUGUCAGACGCGGUAGGUCUGAGCAGCUUGUCUUCCACUACUCAUCCAUGUCAUCUGAAGUGUUUUCCUGACUGACAUACUGGAUUCUAGUUUUUAAGUGACAAUUUUUCCUGCAAUAGAAUCAUGUAAGCCCAGUGCUGAGGGAACUGGAGGAAUCCAGGGCACUGGGGAAGGCCCCCUUCCUGUGACAGCAGCGAUGCUGCACUCGGCAUGAGUGUGCUUUCACUCUUCCAUGUAAACGGUUCUCUCAGGACUUGACUCUGUAUGGUCUGCAAGGAUAAAGGAUGGCUUUAUUCUGUA